CCAGUUCUUAAAGAUGGCUUCACACAUGUAGGAAAGGAGAGAUUCUGAACAUCUGAACAUGGCUUUGUCACUGUGGACGUGUGGAGCGUUUCUCAGUGCGAUCUGUGUCUCGGUGCAGUUCGCUGUAAGCGGGCUGGAGGCUGGAUCAGGUCCAGACUGCGGCUGCAGUUCUCUGAACAGAGAACCGAGCGAGGGAAAACAUCCGAGCUGCGAAAAUCCGGCAGAUAAAUACUCUGCAGUAGUAAAUGAAAAAUCAUCAGACCAUGGCACGCUCAGCAAGAUGGUGCUGCUGCAGGGCAGUUGGUUCCUGAUGGGUACAGAUGAACCAGGGAUACCUCAGGAUGGGGAGGGGCCUCAGAGGAGGGUGUGGCUUGAUCCUUUUCACAUUGAAGAGCAUGAGGUCACAAAUAAGCAGUUUCAACGCUUUACUAACCAAACAGGCUAUGUGACAGAGGCGGAGCGUUUUGGAGACUCCUUUGUGUUUGAGGGAUUGCUAAGUGAAGACAUCAAGAGUACUCUGUCUCAUGCGGUUGCUGCUGCUCCCUGGUGGUCACCUGUGAAAGGAGCAGAUUGGAGACACCCAGAGGGUCCAGAUUCAGACAUAGCAGACAGGAUGGAUCACCCUGUACUGCAUGUGUCAUGGGCUGAUGCUCAGGCCUACUGUCAGUGGGCUCAGCGCAGACUGCCCACAGAGGCUGAGUGGGAGUUUGCCUGCAGGGGGGGACUGCAGAACAGGAUGUAUCCAUGGGGGAAUAAGCUUAUGCCCCGAGGACAGCAUUAUGCGAACCUGUGGCAGGGAAAUUUCCCUAAUCACAACACAGCAGAGGACGGAUACUCUAAAGCAUCACCGGUGAUGUCAUUUCCUGCAAAUGGUUUUGGACUGUAUGACAUGGUGGGGAAUGCAUGGGAGUGGACGGCAGACUGGUGGAAUGUUCAUCACACAAGAGAUCACUCACGCAACCCGAAAGGACCAGAAACAGGAACAGACAAAGUGAAGAAAGGAGGCUCCUAUAUGUGUCACAAGUCAUACUGUUACAGGUACCGGUGUGCUGCCCGAAGUCAAAACACUCCUGACAGCUCUGCCUCUAACCUGGGCUUCCGCUGUGCAGCUGACCCGUAACUGUAACUGUGACCUCUGACCUCUCACGUGCCUCACUGUUCUUCACACUGUCAUUGUCAAUGGGACCUCACUGCGAGACCUUUUUACUAUUUUAUAAAAUGUGUUUUUAUCUAAAUAAAAUAUUUAAGGUG